CUAAUUCAAAGGAGUCAGUUUACGAUUUUCAAUUAUUGAAGCAGUUCAUUUGCAAAAUGGCGGAGAAAAUAAAGAAAAAACCUGCCCUUUUCUCUUUGAAAAGUUUUCGGAGUGCCAAAGAUGGUAACAUAAGUCCUAAGACCCCAUCGACACCUAAUGGACAGGAAGUGAAGUUUUUCUCAUCAAAUUCUGUUAACAAAUAUGCGCAAAGUCCGGAACCCCGGCCUCGAUCGGCCUCGGCGACUGGGAUCAAGGAUUUGGUUCAAUGCGCGCUGUGCCUGGAGGUGCUCCACAAUCCGAAGAUGCUGCCGUGCCAGCACACAUUCUGCAUGGCUUGCUUGGCAGUCUACGCUGGAAAUUCGCCUAUCCUAGAGUGCCCAAUCUGCCGAACGAAAAUUCAAGUCACCGGACCGAACUUCAUCAGAGACCUGCCUUCAAACUUGUACAUAGACUCUCUGCUGCAACUAGUUGGCAUCAGCAAUGGGAGCGAGAAGAUUGCCACGCCACCACAAACGCCUUUAGUGCCACUGCCAGGGAUGCAGAGUGUGGAACUUUUUGCGGCGGGAGUGAGGUGUACACAGUGUCAGACUAUGUGCGACAACGUCGAUGUUACUGCCUGUGAACAUUGCAAGCUGAAUUUCUGCCGCGUCUGCUGGUCUCAGCAUUUGGACGACAUGCGGACACAAGUGGAAUCUAUUCUUAAACAACUGGAAGCGGCCUCUGAAAGGAUGGGACACAAAGUGGAAUAUUACAAGGACCGCUGCGAACGCAUAACAGAACAAAUAGUCAUCGCUGCCGACGAAAAAAUCAACGCCAUCAUCGAAAACAAAGACAAGCUGCUAAAGGAAGCUUCGGAACUUCAAAAAUGCGGGGAAAUGUCAGCUUUGGCCCUUAAGAGCUCUUUGGAAGAGGCCCGGGAAGUAGCAAAGAAAACCAUGUCACUUAAGGAGCAUGUGGAGGAAAAAACGAAGGUUUCUACCUACAUGAAUCUGCAUCAGAACGCCGUACAGCUUCUCUCGGACGUUUCAAAAUGGGAUUCGGAGCGAUUCGUGUUCGAUAAGGAGAACUUCCGUAUCGAGAUGGACUCAGCUACUCCGCUGGAGGCCGAGUCAGAUGAGCCGGUGCCCGCUGGUGGCUGGCAGAACGAUCCAUUGGAGAGUGAAGAGAGCUUGACGUUCCACUACAGAUCCCGUAGCUUCAUCCCCCAUUACGUCUGGCGCAAAACCGCGCGUCCGUGCGGCGUGGGCAUCAGCCCGUGGAACAACCAUCUCUACGUCUGCGGGAUGGACACCCACAGCGUACUGGUCGUGGAGCGUACCCAGGCGAAGAUAGUUACCAGAAUGACUUGUGACGAGAUGCUGUGUCCCGUGCACAUCGCCUUUAUGAAGAGCUUGGGGGAGAUUUACGUCACAGACAAAUGGAAGCACUGUGUCCAUGUGUUUACAAAGGAUGGAGAGUACGCCCGCUCCAUCGGGCAGAAGGGCAGUCGUGUCGGCAUGUUCCGCUCUCCUGAAGGCAUCGCAGCAGACAAUGCCAGUCAGCUGCUGUAUGUGGUGGACACUGGAAAUGACAGAGUUCAGAUCCUGCAACCCGACGGAAAAUUCAUCGACCAAAUCGGCGUCACGACCAAGCUCCAAACCGUCUACACAACCAAGAACUUGGAAACCAAAGAAGUCACGGUUACAGAGCUGAAUGCACCAACCAGCGUCGCCGUCACCAGCGACCGAGUUGUCGUACUGGACAGUGGAAAUAGGAGAGUCAAAAUUUAUAACAAAGCUGAUAAGAGUAAGAUUAAGGAAUUCGGUUCUGUUGGUCAGAGGAAAGGUCAGUUCAGGCAGCCUGAGGUCUUAGCCGUGGAUCCGAUGGGCUUCAUUCUUGUAGGGGAUUCUGGGAACUGUAGAGUGCAGGUGUUUAAGCAGAAUGGGCAGCUGGUCCGGGCUUUUGGAGGUUUGGGCACAGAGGCGGGGAAAUUUGGAUGGAUAUCGGGGAUUACUGUCAGUAAGCAAUUGGAUAUAAUCGUUAGUGAUACGAAGAAUCAUAGCGUCAAUUUUAUUUAACUCUUGUAGGUAUUGCUGUUGUCGCCUAAUUCAUAAUGCUAAUAAACCCAACCUA